CCGUGCGUGCAAAGAAUCCAUAAUAUCACAAGUUGUGCUAUUUAUGUGGAGUUGAAUUUUCCUCGCUUUCAUUUCUCUGGGCAUUCUUCGGUCGUAAGGACAUUCUUAAAGUUGACAACAACUUCGACAACAUAUAGCGAGGGCAAUUCCACAAUGAACAUCAGACUUCUGUGUUUUUUGCUUCUGAUGGUGGUUGUGACAGUUGACUCCGCUAGACUUAGGGGAGGACGAAGAGGGAGAGGAAGAAAGAAAGGGCGCGCAGGUUCCCCAAGAUUCAUAUUCUACACUUCACCUGGUCGUCGGGAAUACUAUGACAAUCCCAACGGAGCUCGAAUCUUGAAAUCGUCUCACUUUGACUACGAGUUUUAUUUAGGUCACAAAAUCGUUUUUAUUUGCGUAGCCAAGGGAGACCCGCGUCCUCAAAUUACAUGGUUUAAAGACGGAGUGGAACUAUUUUCUCAUCCUUACUUUCAGAUAUCUGAGUGGCAGCAUGGGGAAACCAAGCUGAAAAGUAAACUGGAGAUCACACCGGCAACACAGAUGGAUUCUGGGACAUAUGAAUGUCAGGCUAAUAACAAAUAUGCUGUGGAUAGACGUGUUUUUAAGGCUGACUUUGGGGCCAACAGCUAAUGCCAGAGUAAUCCUAUUAGCCUCGUUACAGUUAAGUCUCAAGUUACUAAAGGCAGCGAAGAAACGCGGAAUAUCGAUUUCACUCGAAAUUAUUAAAUUUUUUCUGUAAGUUUAAUUAUUCUUCACUCACAAAUGAAAACCAAACAUCACUUAUGCAAACACCCAUAAAGGUACCCGUAAAUUAAAAAAGAAGAGUUUUAGAAUCUCAGAAACUUUUGUAAUAUGAAGACUAAAAAUCUCCACUAGUAAGCUCAGUUCUAGAGGUAUCAUGAUAAAGUAAUAACGAUAGUUAAGUAGACAGAUUUAGCGGCAAUUCAUGGCUAGUAGUAUAGUAUAUGUUAUAAUGAAAUUAUAAUAUGGAAAUAUAUGAUGAAAUUUAAAUACAAAUAUUUAGAAUUGUUAUAUCUUAAAAACUACCCAUUUAAGGUAACUAAAAUUUACAACAGGUAAAUUGAAAAUCAUAAGAUUAAUUUGAAAAGGGUGUUUCAAAAACUAUUACACCAUAUCAAUCCUUUUACAAACAUCAUCCUUUCUGAAAAGUUUCUCGAUAUUCGCUAUCUCAUUUCUAAUGGAUGUUGUCAAAUCCUCCAAAUUUCUUGAGCUAUUCCACCAUUUUAGCAAACCUCACAGCCAAUAAUUAUUUUACUGGUGCUAAGUCUUAGGAUCUUGCCGACCAGGAAUUGGGUGACCGUAUUUCUUUCUGGAAUUGUCUCUCGACCGAAGUAAAACGAUCGUACACUCUAAUGCGUAUUUUGUUCAUAUAACUAAUCUAGUAUUGUUGACAGAGAAAUAAAAUCAACAAUACUUUGAGAAAGAGAAAUUUAAUAGGGUUGAAAUACCCAGUACCACAAAUAAAACUUAUGAUUCUCAGUAUUCGUCCUGUAAAUUUCUAUUUCCCUAUAGGUAAUUAGUUUUUAACAUAUAAUAAUUAUAAGUAUGGGAGUUUCUUUCUAAUCACCUUGUACUUGUCAUUGUGAGAUCCGUCUGCAUUUAUAUUUUUCCAAUGUGCUAUUUUGUGAUUUAACAAACUCUUUACCUUAGCAUACUAGAAUUCAAAGUGUGUGAAAAAUUUAUUGUGAGAAUUUAAACCAUCAGCUUAUCUUUCUAGGUAUCUUAGUAGAAAUCAUCGAAUUUCAUUAAUAAUUCUAACUAGUUGCUUUAGUGUCUUCAUGGUAUCGUGAUAACGUAGUUAUAUGAUUAUGAAAAAGUAUCCCGAUAAUCUGUUUUUGAUUUCAAUGUUACGGUUAAGGGUACUGUCUCUUUUAUGUUUUUGUUUAUAUUUCUUAGUUUUUGGUAUUUUAUCAAAAGUAAUAUAACUAUAGAUAUGAUACCUAUCUCUUUUAAGUGUUUAGCACUCUAUUGAAUAUCUAAUAAAAUAUUAUAUUGUAUACUGAAGUAUCGGAAAUUUGUUUCUGUUGCGAGACAUUAUCCUCAAGUCGUAGCUAGUUCAUAACACAUUAAAGGAUAUUUUUAGGCGUAGAAGUAUAUAUACAUACAUACAUACAUAUCUAAUUGUAUGGGUAUGUAUGACCUCCGUGCUUUGUUGCCAAACAAUAAAACUUGAAAAGUUUGCUGUAUAAGGAAAUGAAAGAAAACAUAUCCUUUAUGAAUUUCUGUUCUCAUUAUCAUUAAGAUACUUUCUUAUUGAAGUAUUUCACGUGGUUAAUUAAAGCAUUGAAUAGCAUCUUUUCUUGACCUUUGAUUAAUGCACAUUCACGGUAAAUGUUAACUUUCAAUAGUUAAUCUGCAUUUAAACAAAUAAAUUUAAUCAGAUUUAAAAUUAACCCGUUAUAAAUCUGCUUUUCAAGUUAGUACACUUUAAUAUAAAAAGAACCUUAAUCAACCAAUAAGUGUAAUAUAUUCACACUAUUUUUGGUUUUUAACAAAUCAUUAUUUGUUGCAACCAAAUAUAUCUGAUAAAUCAUUUGCCGGUAUAAAGCAUUUGUAAACAAAUUUACAAAACAGACAAUGAAAAGGUUUAAAAUUAAUUAGUAGUAAAAUAAACCUCAAGCAUAAUCAUAAGAAAAUU